ACGUGUAUGUUUCAUCAUUUGUUUUUGCCAAAAAAAAAAAAAAGCAGGCUCAAAACUUCUACUUCAUCUUUUUUCCCUGGAUUUUUCUGUAUCUGGGGGUUAAUUGCUUUGGAAUACAUGGGUUUUGAAGAUGGCUUUCCCUCUGAAUUUGGUUGUGUCUGCAUAUUUAUAUCUCUCUAUAUAUCUUUCCGUGUCGUUGUUGGCCUAUUAUUUGAUGAUUCUGGAAAUGGGUUGUGUUUUUCUUCUGAAAGAUUAUCUUUUUCGUGUGUGUUUCUUUGGUGAGAAGCAGUGAUUUUGAGGAUCAUAGACGAUAAGCCUUUCAUGUUUUGUCUUUGUUGUCUGUGUUUGACUUCACUUUGCUUCCGUUCUUAGUGUGGAUAAUUUUUUCUGGAACAAAAAAAUGGUAAUGGAAGUAUAAAAUUCUGAAUUUCUGCUGUGUUGCAGUCCUUGGGGAAAAAAGAGAGGAGGAAUUUUGAGUCUCUUUGUUCGUUUUCUUUUCUGUGGUUUGGAAUUGUUCUCAGGAUGUUAGAGACUUGGAAGCCUUUCGGUUCCUGCAGACAAUCAUAGUCCGGUUAUGUUUAUGUUUUGUUUUUCGUCUUUGAAACUAGAAAAUGUGACAUUUACUGUUCCUUCGUGUAGGGUUAGUUGCGGAGAGAUCUCUAAUUUGAUUAGUUUUUCUUAAGAAAGGAAAUGAUAGAGUGGGGGAAAUUGUGAGUUUUUAGUCAAAUCAGGAAAAAGAAAGUUGUUGAGUUUUCUCGCAUUGUUGCUCUGGUUCUCAGAGAAAUGAAAAAAAAAAAACAUUUUUGUUCUGCAUAAAAUCGCGAGGUCUUCUUCUUUCUUUUUCCUGAUAGCUGUUAGUUAGACGUCAUAAAUUUGCGAUUCAGAAGUUUAUCUUUGCUUUUUUCUGAUAAAUGAAUUUCCAAAUUGCUCAAUUUUCCAGACUUUUUUUUUUUUUCUGGAAAUUUUGGUUGGCUUUCUCUUGUUUAUAAUCUUUCCCCUGUGUCUGUGACUUUCCUUGGACAGGAAGAGAACGGAGAGAAUGAGUAUGUUGAAUAUAUAGCAUUAUGGAUUUCCGGUGCAAAAAAAAAAGUCGCUCAUUGGUGUUUUCACUAAAAUCGUCAAUUCAGACACUUCAAAUGUCCUGGAAUAGCUUUGAAUGCAAUUUUUGUGGGAUUGUAGUGAUAUCUUGGUUGCCAGAUCUGCAGCUGGUUCACCCUUUCUGUGUCUUUUUGCUGUAUCUGUUGUUUGCACUCAUGCAUACUGUCUAAAGUUCUAGCUUCUUGUAGGGUUGAGAUGGACUUUUCGGAGUCCACCAAAGUUGUGUACGACAGGAUCCAGAAACUCGAGCCCGAGAAUGUCUCGAAGAUCAUUGGUUAUCUUCUUUUGCAAGAUCAUGGAGAACGCGAGAUGAUCAGGCUUGCCUUCAGCCCUGAUAAUGCGAUUCACUCCUUGAUUACCAAAGCAAAAUCCGAACUGGGAUUGUCUAAACCAGCAGUCUCUGUUAAUAUGUUACCCCAUGUAAAUUCUACACCAACGGUUAAUAUUCAGUCUGUCACAGAAAUUCCUUUGCAAUUCACUCCAUUCUCACCAGCGUCAGCCCCUGCACUUUCCCCUCGAUCCUCUCUCCGAAUUGCCAGCCCAUACUGGGAAUCGCAGGUUCCUGUUGGUCACGUGCCUGAUGAUUUUCAUCUCAUAAAACAAGUUCGCCACUUGGGUUUGGAGGACCCUGCUGAGUUUGCCAACUCCAGCGGUUCGGAGUUUAUGGGGAGUUAUUAUUUUCCCGAGGCUGCAAUUUGUGCAAAAUCGAGUCGUAGAUCCCCGAGUUUACCAGAUUUUCCUGUUAAGAUUUGCCAUUACUUCAAUAAGGGGUUUUGCAAGCAUGGGAACAACUGUCGGUACUUUCACGGCCAUCCUAUGCCUGAGAGCUUUUCACAGCAUUUUAAUGCAAGUUACAAUGAGAUAGGGUAUGAGGAUCAUGCAUUUAUUCAAGGGUCUCUUGAUAAACUAGAAUUGGAGCUUACCGAUCUUUUGAAAUCAAGGGGAGGAAUGCCCGUUUCAAUCGCUUCUUUACCCAUGUUGUAUUAUGAGAAGUAUGGGAAGACACUUCAGGCUGAGGGGUAUCUAACGGAGAGCCAAAGACAUGGCAAGGCUGGCUUUAGUUUGUCAAAGCUUCUUUCUCGGCUUAAGAACAGCAUUUGUCUCAUUGACAGACCACAUGGCCAACACUCCGUGAUUUUAGCAGAGGAUGCUCAGAAGUACCUGGAGUUUACAAUUGAAAGAAGCGAUCUAGGUGUAAACUCUGGUUCUCGGCAGAUAUAUCUUACGUUUCCGGCGGAGAGCGUCUUUACGGAACAAGACGUUUCGCAUUACUUCAACCAUUUUGGACCUGUUCAAGAUGUUAGGAUUCCUUGCCAACAGAAAAGGAUGUUCGGAUUCGUCACGUUUGUCUUUGCGGAAACGGCCAAGCAGGUUUUGGCAAAGGGAAAUCCUCACUUUAUAUGUAACGCUCGUGUUCUUGUGAAACCGUACAAGGAGAAGUCGAGGCUUUUUGACAGAAGGUAUAUGGAAAAAAUGCAGAAUCUCGCAUUUAAUUACAAUCAGCACCUUAUGGAAGGGGAGUCUGAUAUUCAGUCAAUGCCAAGAAGUUGUGAUAACUCAAGAUUCCUUGGGAAGGAGGUCAUCCAAGAGCAUGAAACUGCACUUGAACUCGAGAGGAGACGCUUUGCAGAAUUUCACAUAGCACCGAAAGCUUUGGCCCACCCUGUAUAUUUUGGGCAUUCAAUGGACCAGCUGAACCCAUCAGAAGUAGGCCAUGAAGAACCAGCACAGUCACCAUCAGCUGAUCAUAUUAAUCACUUCCUAGAUUAUGUACAAAAUGGUUCGAGCAACACCAGCAAAAUGUCGCUGCGGGUCACUAAUUGCAAUGACCAGGAUAGCCCAGGAAUCAAUCUUCCUGACAGCCCAUUCGCAUCGGCAAUAGGGACUGGAAUUUCGACAGCUACAUAGACAUCCAGGAAAAAAAAAAGCAACUAUAGAGGACCGAAGAACUCAAAUACUAUCUGGCGAGUUCGACAUACAACCGGACUUUUCUCUCUUUUCUUUUUCCUUCAUCUUUUCUGCGGUUUCAACUAGCUGCUCAGGAGGGACGCGUGAUGUGAAGUUCUCCGUGUUUCACCGGCAAAAGUAGAUCAGGCAAAAAGGAUUGAUACAGAAGAAGCUAAUUUCAUUACAGGGUGUUUUAUACAGGAUCAAAGGCACAAGCUUUUUAUCAAAGCUCGUGGGUGUGUUAGAGGAGAAGUUUAGUAAUAGUAGUAUUUGCUGUUAUAGUUGAAGAAAGGGAGUAAAGGAAUUGUGCAGAGAAAGAAGAAUGCGAGAAAGCUGUUGUUUUUAAGUAAAUAUUUGCCUAGAGAAAAUUGAAAGAAAGGAUGUUUCUGCUUGGUACAUAAAAGAAGAAAUCACAUGUUCUAUAGCUUUCUAAUGAUAUACACUCUUGGGGUCACUAUCAAUGAUCA